CCGCGUGAGAAAAACAGGAGGAAAAAUUUCAUUUUGGAGUAACGAGGCAAUAUUUCCUAAACAAGGAAAAAGGAGCACUACAAAGGCACCCAGUUGGACUUGAGAGACAGGGGGUAAGUACUCUCAAGGCAGAAAAUUUGAUGAUGACCAUGACUACGAUGGCUGACGGUCUGGAGGCUCAGGACUCGUCGAAAUCUGCUUUCAUGGAGUUUGGUCAGCAGUCGCACUCACAACAGAGCUCCCCGUCGAUGGCCGCCAGCCACUAUCCACUUCACUGUCUUCAUUCCGGGUCCCACGCUCACCAGCACGAUAACUCUCCGUAUUCCGGUACAAAUUCCUACAACAGGUCGCUACCGUACUCAUAUAUGAGCCAUCCUCACCACAGCCCAUACCUACCGUCCUACCACAGUAACACCGCCGGUGCACAGACAAGGUUAGACGCCACAGAACAGCAGAAGACAACAGUGAUUGAAAAUGGAGAGAUACGUUUCAACGGAAAAGGCAAAAAGAUUCGGAAGCCACGGACGAUUUAUUCCAGUUUGCAACUUCAGGCAUUAAAUCACCGAUUCCAGCAAACUCAGUACCUCGCACUACCCGAGCGCGCAGAGCUGGCCGCUUCACUCGGGCUCACACAGACACAAGUAAAGAUUUGGUUUCAGAACAAGAGAUCAAAGUUCAAGAAGUUGCUGAAACAGGGGAGCAACCCUCACGAGAGCGACCCUUUGCCGGUCUCCAUUGCUCUCUCUCCGCGGUCUCCAGCAAUCCCUCCAAUAUGGGAUGUGUCUGCGUCCUCAAAAGGAGUGAACAUGUCUGCUAACAGCUAUAUGCCUGGUUACUCACACUGGUACUCCUCGCCUCAUCAGGACUCCAUGCAGAGAUAGGCUGCUAAUUACGGCUAGGCCGGAGGCCUUGCUGACAAUCCUUUAGUCCUACCUGCGCAGUGAUGACCGUCAGCGUGAUACACAAUGCCACUGGUAAUAUACAGACGAGGACACUUUCUGUGGAAAGAUUCUUUGAUGGAUAACAAAGAUAUCUCAUGUGGCGCACGUGUGGCAAUGGAACUAACUGUUCGAACUCAAAUGGAAUUGCUAUUGUAUCUGUUGACUUUUAACCAAACACAUACAUCACCAGCAUGGGGCAGAAACGGAAACCGAAACAUUCUGGCGCCUUUCACAUAUUCCAUGGGUUACAUUCAAAAUGAACUUAAAAAUUGCGUCUUUGCGUUAUGAUUACAUGUUUUUCACCAUGCAAAAGAAAGCAAUUUGUAUGUAAAUAUGUUGUUCAAUUUUAGUUGUAAAAUACUUUUUAUGUUUUGUCAUAAAUGGAGUAAACCAUGGCU